AUGUACUACUGUUUGCAGUUCAUCAAGUCAAGCUUGGACCGCAUCAUUGAAUUCUUUCAGAGUAGCGACGCCUUGAGUCCUGCUCUUGCAUUGGACACUGCUGACGCUUUUGAGCAAACUGUUGAAGAAAUCAAACGCCAGGCUCAGGCACAGCUGACGAACUUCAUGCGCUCUGAUUCCCGAUUUGAGGUUGUCCUUGAUGUGUUUGCUCCUGAAAUCACAGUCCCAUCUCUGUCCGAAGGCUUCCAAAGCACCAAAUUGGUGUUAAAUCUUGGCCAUCUUUUCCUUAAUUCAAGGGCGCAGCCAAACCAUGCAUCCACAUCAACCACGACCUCGGACGUGUACAUGAAGUUCCAUGCCAAAUUGGAAAACGUUUCAGCCUGUUUCCAGAUUGUCAGCGCUUCUGCUAGACUUGGGUACCAACCUGCAGCCACAGAAUCACAUACUCUGAAAUCGAUUCCUGUGUUGGAAGACUGCACUUUCGUGUCAUCAAUUGAACAGAUCUGGGUACCUCAGCCUGAUUCUCCAAUUUUGAGGAUCAGUGCAAGGGCUCCAUCUCUGGAGGUUCACUUUUCUCCUGAGAUACUCCAUUGCCUUUUGAGAUCAGCUGAGGCUUUGCGGGGAUGUGACUCCCAAACUGCAUCUGUUGUGCCUUGGGAGUCUGCUGACUACAAAGGCUGCAUUCACGUUCUCAUAAGACAGGGCAUAUCUAGUACUGAAUCUGCUUGGCAAAAGAGGGUGGGGGCUGUGGCUGGGCCCUUUCUGUACAUACUACCCCUGGAAAAUAGUCGUUCCUACAAGCAGCGGAUCAGCCUUCGAAACAAGAUUCUUCUCUGUCUUACACAAAAUGGCACCAGUGGGCUGGAGAAUGCCCUUGUGAUUUGCCCUCCUGGCUGCACUGAGGAGAAGGCUGUGAGAACCUCAACCGCCAUGCUUUUCAAGCCGGAUUCUGCGGUGGCUUAUGAAGCUUGGAAGUCCAUCUUGCUUUCUGCCAUUCACCGAGCCUCUGAUGCAGCAUUGUCUCAGUUGAGUGAAGUCUCGUCGCUGGGGUCCCAACACCAGCCUCAUGUCCGACCAGCUGAUUCUGUGGCGGUGUUCUUUGUUGGAGAAAUGGUGACUGAGACUCCCCUUGUGGUUCUUGAGGCCUCGAAUGCUGUGGUGAGUGAUGUUGGUUCGUUUCCCCUUUUCACAGUGCUUCUAUAA